UGUAUACAAAAAAUGGAAAGAAGUAGGGGCACAUCAUUCAACCAACAAGAAGAUGAGUUUUUAUGUCAUGUCCAUUUAGAGAUAUCACAAGAUCCCAUUACUAGCAACAAUCAAGCUCUCAAGACAUUAUGGGAUAAAAUAACAAAAAACUAUAAUGCAAAAAAACCAGAAAGUUGGGAAGUUAGGAGAAAUAGAUCUUUAGUAGGUAGGAUAGGUACUGUUUUGUAUGCUGUUAGAAACUUGAUAAGUUGUGUGAUCCAAGUGCAAAAUAUGCAUCCAGGUGGUGCAUCCGAACAAGACAUUAUGGAGAAAGCAAAGAAACUAUUGCUGCAAGAUCGAAAACAAUUUUUUUUUUUUAAAAAAAUUGAUCAUAUGUGGGUAUUGAUGAAAGAUAUUUCAAAGUUUUCAGAUAAUGCUAAUAUCAGUAUCCCGGAUAUUGAGAGCAACACAUUCGGUUCUCAAACAUCACAAUCUCCUGGAAUUUCUUCAUUUUCAAUAAAUUUAAGCAGCGAUGAUGGUGGUUCAAAUUCAUCUCAAUGUCCUAUUGGUUCGAAGAAAGCAAAGCUCAAAAGAAAACUUGUUGAAGUAACACUCGUCAGUUUAUCCGAUUUGAACAAGCAAGAAUCAUACAAAAAAGAACUCAACAACAACAAGGUGAAACUACUCCAACAAUAUUUUGGUGAUCUUGGAGGUUUGGGAUCGAAUUUACCUGAAUAUUAGUAUUGUAAUAUAUAUUAAUUUGUGUAAUGUUUUCAGUUUAUUG